GCGCGGCAAAUGAUGACGUGUUGAGUAGAUUAUGCUUCUUUUUUUUUCUUUCUUUUGUAUAGGCAAAUUAUGCUCCUCAAAGAUAGAGAAGAAUUUUGGAGUGCACCAAGUGUUGGCCUCUAUCGUUUAUCAUCUCCUCACCCUGUCGACCAAUGACGAAACCUUGAUUCUGGCAAAUAAAAAUCGCAAACGCAAGAAUCAUACAGGAGUAGAAGCUGAUUGCAAGUCGUCCUGGUUAGACUAUUCAAAUAGAAUAAUCAAGCUACUGGGAGCGGGCUGCCAGAUGGUUCAUAGAUUUCGCAGUGUACAUCCGGACCUAUGCAUACAAGAAGUACAGCGUGUCUAUUUGUCAGGCCAAGAUCCAUCGGAAACAAUGUCGUUGACGAAGACACUUUCUGAAAGUAUUCGUAGAAUUACCUGCGCAUAGGCCUUAGGGAUCUGCAACAUAGAGGUUCCGUCAAGAGGCUGCUCUAUGACUUUGCAAUGAAUCGUAAAUCUAGGACA